UUUCGAUCUGGUGGUAUAAAUAGCUAAGAGAUGAAAAAAUUUACCACAGUUAAAAUUUUAAAGACAAUUAAAUUGUAAAAAGAGGAAACUUUUCCCUAAAAUAAUGGUCUUAAAUGUACGGUUUGUUUUGAUUUUGAUUUUGGCCGUAAAAGUCUCUUCAGAGCAGUGGGGGUUUUUAACACCCAUAAAUCAAAGACCAUGUGACACUUUUCAACAAUUAAAUAAUUGUUCGAAUAAAAUAGAAGAGCCAGAAAGUUUUUAUCAAAAAUUAAACAAUCGUCUAGAUAAAAUAGAAGAGCAAAUGCAGAAAAUAUGGAAUAAUAAAAAUAGUAAAGGCGUAAAUAUAAAUCAAAGACCAUGUGACACUUUUCAACAAUUAAAUAAUUGUUCGAAUAAAAUUGAAGAGCCAGAAAAUUUUUAUCAAAAAUUAAACAAUCGUCUAGAUAAAAUAGAAGAGCAAAUACAGAAAAUAUGGAAUAAUAAAAAUAGUAAAGGCGUAAAAAUGCCUCAAAACGGCCUUCCUGAAAACUGUCUAGAAGUGCUAGAAAGCGGCAAAAUCAUUUCAGGAAUCUACACGAUUCAACCAAAGAGUAGUCCCAAACCCUUUUUAGUUUUCUGUGAUAUGGAGACUAGAGAUGGAGGUUGGACUUAUUUUCUCAAUCGAUUUGAUGGGUCUGUGGAUUUUUAUUUAAAUUGGGAGAAUUAUAAGCAAGGGUUUGGUUAUUUAGGAGGAGAAUUUUGGUUGGGCUUACAACACUUACAUGAGUUGACGGGAGACGGUGAGUACCAACUGUUGGUUGAAAUGGAAGACUGGGACGAUAAAAAAGUUUAUGCCCAUUAUAAUUCGUUUUCAAUUGGUAGUGAAAACGAAGGAUUUUCGUUGAAAAUAUUAGGAGGAUUCAGUGGACAUGCUGAUGAUUCUUUCUGGUACAGUGCAGGUGCUAAAUUCACUACAAAAGACAAAGAUCGUUGUGCUGUUUCCUGGGGAGGAGCAUGGUGGUAUAAAGAUUGUAUGAUGAUGGCACAUCUCACAGGCAAAUACAUGAAGAGAUUGGUAUCAGAUGAUUACAGAUACAAAAUCAUGUUUUGGGAUACUUUUCGUGGAUCAUUUUAUAGUCUUAAAAAAGCUAAAAUGAUGGUGAAACCAGCACAUAGGUGA